AUGCCCUUCAAGUUCGCCCUCCUGUGCGAUCUUCUCUCCAGCCUCGAGAAGAACAAAAUUGCCAAAGCAACGACUGCAGCACGAAACAAUGACCCGGAUAUCCGUACGGUCAAUCAGUGGUUCAUCCAGCAUGAACGACGGAUCCAUCAUCCCGACACAGACAGGCUGGCCCUGCUCUCGUGCAUGUUCCCCGAGAGACGAACGGACCGAGUGUAUUGGUUGCAGGCAACCUCCCUAGUACGGGUUAUUGGCCGUUGUCUAUAUCUCGGAUCGUCACGCUUGGCAGAUCUUGAUCGAUGGCGUGUAUCCGGCGGCCCUGAUCUGGGCCAGUGCGUGGAGAAUGUGAUGCAACAGGCCGAAAACCAUAUUCAGGACCACGCGGAAAUCACCGUUGAGGAAGUCGACCACGCCUUAAAUCUAAUCGCAUCCCGAUGUCGCUUCUCUGGCCCUUCUGUUUAUCGUCAGCACACUGCCGUUCAGGUGGAAGAGGCUCUUGCCCCGUUAUACCGAAAACUGAGUAGCCGAGAUGCCAAAUGGCUCACGCGCAUGAUUCUGAAGGACUACUCUCCCGUUUGUCUACCACAGCAAUAUACCUUGAAAAGGUUUCACUUCUUGCUUCCGCAGCUCCUUCAAUUCCAGGCCUCCUUCGCCGGAGCAUUGGAUAUGCUCGUCUCCAACCCAAUGAAUCAUUUCCCACCCCGUCCAGAUCCGACUCUUGCUGCAACCCUGACCUCGCUAGCUCUACAAUAUCUACGCCCUCAAAUGGGCUUCAAAAUUGGACGACCCGAAUACUACAAGGCUCGGAGCAUCAAACAUUGCCAUCAAAUGUCGCAGGGCAGGCGCAUGAGCAUAGAGAGAAAGUAUGACGGGGAGUAUUGUCAAAUCCACAUUGAUCUUACAAACAAAAAGAAUCCUAUCCAGAUUUUCUCGAAAAGUGGCAAAGAUUCCACUGCGGACAGGUCAGGCAUAAUUCACGUUGUGGAAGAGUCACUUCGAAUCGGACAUUCAGACUGCAAGUUCUCGCAGCGUUGCAUUGUUGAAGGAGAACUCCUAGUAUGGAGUGAUAAGCACGGCCAGUUCUCGAACUUCCACAAGCUGCGUCGCUUUCUCCCUCGUUCUGGGACCUUGAUCGGUGUUGAGAAUGAUUCUCCACCGCAACCAUAUGAACAUUUAAUGAUCGUUUUCUUUGAUAUUCUGCUUCUUGAUGACGAUGUCUGCCUGGCGAAGCCACACCGACUACGACGAUUACUUCUACAAGAUACGAUCCACUUAAUACCAAACCGAGCCGCUGUCUCUGAACAAAGAGUUCUAGACUUUGGUCGGCCUGAUAGUCAGCACCAGCUGCAAGUCAGCUUUGCUAAGGCUAUCGCUCAACGCUGGGAAGGAUAUGUAUUGAAGGCUUGUGAAGAGCCCUAUUUCCCAAUGUACUCCUCAGGUGUGGAUAAUGCAUUCGGUCGAUGGAUCAAACUCAAAAAGGACUACAUCCCUGGUCUGGGGGAUACACUUGACCUUGUCUUGCUCGGUACAAGCUACGAGUCGCGAGAUGCCGCCGCUUUACAACACCAUGGGAAAUUGCAGUGGACACACUUCUUCGUCGGCUGCCUUCUCAACAAAGAAGAGACCCUACAGUCAAGGAAACUUCCUCGUUUCAAAGUUGUCGACGUGAUCGACCGGCAUUGCAUGCACAUCCAAACCAUGAAAAUUCUGAACGAAUAUGGCAAGUUCUAUGCCUGCAACCCUGACUCUUGCCAAAAUUUCAAUUUCGAAUAUGGACACGGAAAUCUUCCAGCUAUUUCAAUGCUUUUCAAAAAGCCCUUCGUCGUGGAGAUGAUGGGCAGUGGAUUCGAAAAACCUUCUGGUGCUCGGUAUUUUACCCUCCGGUUUCCGCGUGUUCUCAAAGUUCAUAUGGAUAGACCGUUUGAGGAUGCAGCAUCAUUUCGAGAACUGCAACUUGCAGCAGAAAAGUCCCGUGCUGUACCUGCCGAAGACCUGUCCCAGGAGCGAGAGGAGUGGUCGAAGCGCUUAGAAGUUGGCAGUGGACUCAAUCAAUACAUUGUGAGAAAAUCAAGAAGCUUUUCUUCUGCGAGCUCUUCGAGCGCAUGGCGGGUAUACUCUCCAACGCCGUCUAGGUCUUCUGAAGUAUCAAAUGAUGCCAACGAGUUCCGAUACUCACUUCCAAGGAUGGAGGAUGAAGCAACGAAAGACGAUGGGUUUUUGCAUGUCUCCAAGGAGAAUACUGCUUUCGCAGCAGUGUAUAUUGAAAAAACUACUUUACCAACCCUUCCUGAUACCUCUGCCAACAAGCAUAUCCUGAGUGAAAAUGCAAAUUUGUCAAUGCGCCAAAAGCACAGCCAAAAAGAAUCCGAGCCUGGCGCUCAGUCCUCCAAAUUUGGAAACUGGCGAGCUGAGAAGCCAACGGAGACGCAAUCAUCCAAUCAUUCCAACUUCUCACAGGCAACGAGUCUGAUCUCUGUUCACCAAGGACAACUUCAAGCACAGCUUGAUCGCGGAAUUUGUGUUGAAAGCACCCAAGCCACAAAACGAAAGCGAACACCGCCUGUGAAAUCUCCACUGCUCACAAUUCCAGGUUACAUGCCUGAUAACCCUUCCGAUCAAGAUUUCAUGACGCCGCAAAUGAAUUCCUUCAAUGCUGCACACGCCUGCAACAGCAGCCUCCAUCAAUUCUUAGAGAGUCUGGGAUCUGCGAAGACUCGCUCAUCGCUCCAAUUUUCUAAUCCCUAUGCGGAGGCAAACGACAUGGCAUUCGGUACAGUCCUUCUUGACACAACCAGUACGCCUUUGGGACAAGAACUUCACAAAAUUGGUAAAGCUCUAUCUGAUAUGCUGCACAGCGGCAGCUCAUUCCUCCCUUCUAACGGGAGAAUCUUCAUUUUGGAUUCACGCAUCAUCAAGUUGGAUAUAGAUGCUGGGGACCUUCGGUUUUGUCUGCGUGAGACGUGGUUGAAUAUCGCGCACGGGUAUUACUAUGCUUGUCUGAUGUGGGGACCAGAAAGGACAUAUGGUCAGAGAUCAUCGGAUGGGCACGGUCCAGUUGAAUCUUCUCGGUCUCAAUUGAAAAAGCACUACUUUAGCCGUGAAGUCCGGCCCGCGCUGUCAGUCAGCUUUGACAAAGUGGAGAUUGCUGCGUUGGGAGAGUAUGUAUCGAUAGAACCGCUUGUGCACAUUCAGCAGAAAGAGUAUAUACGCAGAGAAUAUUCUUGA